AUAUCUACAUCUGGCAAUGCUGUUACGUAGCUCUGUUUAUUUACCUUUUUUCAAAACGCAGCAUGGCGAUUGAAAAUCCAUGUUUUUGGAAUGAAUUUGAAUUAAAACAACCGCCUUUAGUGACCCUGCAAGUGGAGGACACGGGCUUUGCCAAAAAUGUCUUCGUGGUUAUCAACAGGUUCCUGCAACAGUUGUCCGAACCGGAUGCCAAGGAUUUUGAUGAAACUGCGGCGCUGAUAGGACGACUGAUGGCGCGCAGGAAAAACUCCUUCCGAAAUAUGCCUGGAUUCCGGGCUGUCUGUAAGCUAAAUGCUGCGCUGUGCCGCCUUCUCCGCUUGGACUUGGCCAGGGACUUGGAGCAGUUCCGCGGUGCCCUGCCGGAUGCUUGCGAUGCGGAUCUCGCGGGAGCCAUGCCCACGCGAAGCAGCUUGGAAUUUAUAUUGGUGCGCCUGCUGGGAUUCUUUCAUCUCCACGAGCGGAUCAGGGAUUGCUGCAUCACGGCAGCUACCUAUUUUACCCAACUCCUUCGGAAUAACUUCUUUAUGGACUUUACUACGUUACUAAUCGCUGCUAUUGCAAAGAUCAACAAACUCAGCAUCAUGCAGGCCAGCAAAAGUGCUACUCUUUAUAAUAAGCUGCGCCUCCAAGUAACCAAAUUUCCACAGGUAGAUAAGCACAAGUUCCUGGCGGAGAAUCAGGAGUUGCCUUUAAAAUUACAGCCUCUCAAGAGCACACUUAACGAAACGAAGGACGCCGCGACACCCGCUUUGGUGCUAAAACCCGUAAAGGUAAUCACCAAGGUGGAAAAAGCCAAACUGAAGGCUAAAUCCGACGUAGGCACUGUUAUUGCCAGGGAUGACACACCCGCCCAAUGCGUAACCAAAACUAAAUUUAAUGAGGAGGCUCUCGCCACCGUGGCGGAUGCACAGCAGUUUAUUGCCCGUGAGUCCAAGGCCAGAAAACAGAAUCCUCCCCCAGAUACCUGCUUAACCAAGAAAAUAACCAAGCACGAGUGGCUGGCCGCCCAGACGCUUUUCCAGCGCAAGUUGUCAAAGGAUCCCGUCAAGGCCUUAAGCAUAUUUCGCAAGUUUAUUGUAUCUAAAAUAAAGUAAAUUUAGACAAAA